UUUACAAUCUCUCUGUCAAAUCUGUCCAACUAACCUCACUCAAAAGUUCCAAAACAUCGCUAAAGAACGUUGUUUGAUAAGUUAUUUAUUAUAUUGAGGACCAUUAACUAGAAACUUAAAAUGGCUGAGAAGGAACAAGAAAAAGGACCAGAAAUUGUGUCUGACCAAGAAAAGGAAAUCGCACAAAAUGCUCUAGAGGAAUUUAAGAAAAAAAACUAUAGUGCCUGCUUACAACUGCUGAACAAGUUGGAAAGCAGGAGCAACGAUUUGAAAGUUGUACACAAUAAAGCAAUUGUCGAGUAUUGUAAGAGCGACCUGAAGAAAACGGAGCAAUUACAGAAGUCUCUCACCUCAAUUUGUAAUCAGUUUCAAGUAAAAGUUGACAAAUUGGAUGAUAUUGACCACUGCAUUAUACAAUACAACCAAGCUGUAAUACUCUAUCACCAGAGACAAUAUACAGCCGCCCAAAGAAUUAUGGAUAGAGUAUAUAAGUUCAUCGAGCCGAUGGACGAAUAUCUGGCAAAGCAGGUCAGUCUCUUAGCUAUAGAAAUACAACUCAGCCUUCGACAACCUGACAAAGCUUUAACCCUCAUAAGUUAUUUGGAGAAUAACUUGAUCUAUGGAGGUUCCAUUCCUCUAAAAGGUUUGGAUAAAAAUGGAAAGGAGAGAAAGAUAACACUUCCCCCUCCAAAACCUUUGUCUGAAGAAUUUGAAAAAAAACUAUUGAAAUAUAAGAUCAGAUGCUAUUUGAUGAAUCAUUCAUUAAGUAUUUCCUCCAAAGAAGUUCAGGUGUUGCUCAAAGAUAAAUCGAAUAUUGACGCAAUGUACCUUGCAGCCAAUACCGAAUAUCUGAAAGGGAACUAUAUGGAUGCCGUGAAAAUUUUGACGUCAAUACCAAGCGAAUGUUUAUGUUACAGCGAUUGUGGUGAGUCUUCGACACUGAUGUUUUACAACAACAUGGGCGUCUUACACCACGCGAUGGGAAAACCGAAUUUGGCCUGUUAUUAUUUCCAAACGGCCCUCAAAGGAGAUAUCAGUAAUUCGCAAAGUGGUUCAAAAAAGGACGACAAUGAGAAACCUUUAUAUACUUUAGGAAGCUCGAAAUAUCAUGAAUUGAUGUACAACCUUGGAAUCGCUCUGUUACAUGCUGGACGACCAACUCAAGCAUUCGAAUGUCUCAUUGUUGCAGUGAGACGAUAUCACAGGAAUUCAAGGUUAUGGAUGAGGUUGGCGGAGUGCUGCGUAAUGGUACACAAGGAGACAAAUGAAAUUGAUUUCGAGAAACAAAAGAAUCUGAUUGCCGAAGUUGUGGGGAGCAAAGAGAAACAAAAGAUUAUUUUGGUAUCUAAUUUAUCAAAAGACAAGAAGUACAGCACUGAGAGCCAAUCUUAUGCCGUCCCAGUGCCUUCUUUAGAGUUCGCUUUACUCUGUUUGAGGAACGCCACUCUCCUCAUACCCUCGGACACCGCUACUCCUCCAGUUCCUUUGUUUUUGAUUCCCGGGGUCACCCCACCGGCGCCCCCUCCUAGCCCUAGUUUGUCUCCCUCGAAUCCUCUUUCGCUGGACGGUAUCGCUGUGUUGAGGAACAGCAUAUUAGUAACAAGUGCCUACGUUUCGUUAUGUCUUGGGGAUUACAUUAUGUCGUUGGAGCAUGCCAAGGAACUUUUGGAACAACCGAGGAUAUCGAGCAUUCAUAAACUGUUGGCACAUUUGUACGCCGCUGAAUCUCUGGUACUACUUGAUAAAAUAUCAGAAGCCUUGGAACACCUCAAUCCAGAAAGUAUUAAAGAUAUAUCCUUCGAACUUCCAGAAGACAAAGAGAAACCUGAAAAUAUUACAUUGAAAACUAACCCACCGGCAAAAUGGUUUCCCAAUACCCUUCAAAGUGCCCAAGCAGUGAUGCAGUACAACAUAGCAGUGGCGAAAACAAUACGGGGUCAACUAGAUCAGGCGGCUACUAUGCUCAGGCAAAUCUGGCAACAAAAAAGUGCAACGUGCCAAGUUCCCACUCACAUUAUCAUGUUGUUCAUUUAUAUAGAACUUCAGCUUGGACAUACCGAUGUUGCAAAAAAUCUAUUGAGGCAGUACCAUCAGCAACAGAGGAUAAGUGGAUGACAAAUCAAUGUCAACGAGUUUAUAAAUAAUUGUAUUAAUGUUGAAGAUGUGAUUAAUUAAAUUAUUUUUGUUUUUA